UGGAGCGCCGGCUGGGAAGAUAUCUGCGCGUGCGCCGUCCUCCCCUGAGUCUCGCCCAUUGGUCGGGGCCGGGCCGGGGCGCGUUCUGGGAGCCAAUCAUCGGUGCAGAUCAGGGUCUGGGGCGGGCAGAGCAGCAAGGCUGGGAAGCUGCCCUCAAAACCCUCCUCUGGGGUGCCCUCCCGGAGGCUCCGGACUCGACCUGCGACUCAGCCCGCCCGCUUCCCUUUUCGGAGAGAUGCCGUCCUGAGGAGCGGGCCUGCGGAGGCGAAGUGCGCCGGGCCUGCCCUUUAUCUCCCCAGAUUCACCCGCCCUGAAGCCGGAAUUUGGAGCAGCCGCAAGGAGAUGGGGGGCCCCCAGGAAUCGGUAACGUUCCACGACGUGGCCGUGGACUUCUCCUGGGAGGAAUGGGGGCACCUGGGCCCUUCUCAGAAGGAGCUUUACCGGGAGGUGAUGCUGGAGAACUACCGGAACCUGGUCUGCCUGGGCCUUGCUGUGUCCAAACCAGACGUGAUCUCCCAGUUGGAACAAGGAGAAGCACCUUGGACGCAAGAGGGAGAAGGCCUAACAUGCAGGUGUGCAGACUGGGACAUUAGGCCUGAAACUUCCAAACUGGGCAUUUCUAGUAAUCUGUCAUCCCUGGAAAGACUCCCAAGAGAAGACACCUGUGACUCCAAGUUGAAUGAAUCUUAUGAAUGUAAUGCCAGGUUAAAAAGGAAACAGGAUAAUGAAGAGAUACAUUUUCAGCAAGUAAAAAUCAUUCAGAAAAACUUUUUGAAGACUGUCAGGGACAAUGAAUGUAAUAAAUGUGGCAGAAGGUUCAGUCUCGAGCCAGUGUAUUCUGUUUAUCAGGAAGAACAAAUAGGAAAAAACCUCUACAAGUAUGAUACAGACAAAAAGACCUGUUCACUCAAUUCAGACUUAAAUAGAAGCAGUGAAAUUAGUUCAAAGAAGAUGUUUCCCAAACAUAAUGAAUGUGAAAAUUCCUUUCACCCUAAUUCCAACUUUAUUGAAUAUCAAAGAAAUUGUAUUGAAGAGAAACUUUGUGAAUAUGACGAAUGUGGGAAAGCCACAUACCCUAACUUAUCUAUUGCUUCAUAUCACAGCAUUCAUUCUGGAGAGAAACAAAAUAAAUCUGAUAACUGUGGAGGCACCUCCUCCCGGGGCCCACAACUUAGUGAGCAUCAUGUAAUCAUGCCUCUUGGAGAGAAAGCAUAUGAGUGUAAUGAAUGUGGGAAGACAUUUAGAUACAGUUCUUCUCUUACUUCUCAUCACAGGAUUCAUACUGGAGAGAAACCCUAUAAAUGUAAUGAAUGUGGGAAGACCUUCAGACACUGCUCAUCCCUUACUUUCCAUCUCAGGAUCCAUAGUGGAGAGAAACCUUAUGAAUGUAAUGAAUGUGGGAAGGCCUUUGGCCAAAGCAUACAACUUCUUGGACAUCAGAGAAUUCAUACUGGAGAAAAACCUUAUGAAUGUAAUGAAUGUGGGAAGACCUUUAGACACAGUUCAUCUCUUAUUUCACAUCACAGAAUUCAUACUGGAGAGAAACCAUAUGAAUGUAACGAGUGUGGGAAAACCUUCAAACAUAGCUCUUCCCUUACUUACCAUCACAGAAUUCAUACUGGAGAGAAAUCAUAUGAAUGUAACGAAUGUGGAAAGGCCUUUCGAGAGAGUUCAAAACUGACUCGACAUCAAAGAAUUCAUACGGGAGAGAAACCUUAUGACUGUAAUGAAUGUGGUAAGGCCUUUAGCCGGAGAACACAGCUUACUCGACAUCGGAGAAUUCACACUGGAGACAAACCUUAUGAAUGUAAACAGUGUGGGAAGGCCUUUUGUCAGAAGACACAGCUUACCAAACAUCAACGAAUUCAUACUGGAGAGAAGCCAUAUGAAUGUCAUGAAUGUGGAAAGGCCUUUCGCCAAAGGUCACAUCUCACUUGCCAUCAGCGACUUCAUGCUGGAGUAAAAGUUUACGAAUAUAAUGAAAAUCAAAAGGAUUUUAGUCAUACACUUUGCUGAAUAUUCUAGAAUGCAUAUUAAAAAAAACUAUAGAUGAAGCAAAUUCUUCUUUCAAUUCCAACAGCUAUUCCAAACCUUUUCUUUUUUAGUGUCCAGACAACUCUCUCACCUAAUGCCAAGACAUUGCAGAUGAAUUUCCUAAUUUUCUCAGAGGGUAUUUAUCCGGUAUGGAAGCACCUUUAUUUCAUCAUCACUUCUUAGAAAAUGUCUAAGAUGCAAAGGAUUCACAGGAGCCCAAGAUAUGGAAAUAUAAAACACUCAAGAUUCUCUCAGCAGGAAAAAUGAGAUCAAAACAGAAAAAAACUACGAGAAAGGAAAAGGAAGGAAACAAAUGACCAAAAAAAAGAGAUAAAAAUACUAUGCUCUGAUAGAUCUCUCUGGAUGUGGGUGGCAUUUUUCAUCCCAAAUCAACUGGAAUUGUUUUGGAUCACUGCAUUUCUGAGAAGAGAUAAGAUGGGACUGGGCACAGUUGCUCACUUCAUGAGCAUCAGUUCAUGUAAGUCUUUCCAGGAUUUUUUGAAAUCAGCCUGCUCAUCAUUUCUCAUGGACCACUAAUAUUUAUUACAUACACAUAAUUUCUUCAUCCAUUGCCCACUUGAUAGGCAUCCACUCAUUUUCUAAUUUCUUGCCACCACAAAGAGAGCUGCUACAAACAUUUUUGCACAUGUGUAUCCUUUUCCCUUUUUUAUGCUCUCUUUGGGAUACAAACCCAGCAGAGACACUGCUGGAUCAAAGGACAUGCACAGUUUUAUACCCAUUUGGACAAAGUUCCAAAUUAUCUUCAUCAUAAGAUGCUGUGCCACAGUGGGCACAAAUGCUUAUUAUAUCCAAACUAUGGUUGGAUCAUUUCACAACUCAGGUUUUGAGUUUUAAAUUUUUCUCCCUCCCUCUUCUCCCCUCUUCCUAAAAUGCUUGAUAAUUUAAAAUAGAUUAUGCAUGUACUAUCAUGUAAAACCUAUUUCCAUAUUAAUCACAGUUGUGAAAAAAAAAAAAAAAUAAAGUGAAAAAAGUAUGCUUCAAUCUGCA